AUGUUUCCCGAAAAGAGAGACCUCUCGUAUUUCCUCCCAUUCGGCCCCGCGCCGAGCCUGAGCACGCUACCGUCCGACGCGGGAUUCGGCGGAAGCCGGGAAGCCGGCGUGGCGAGUGGCGAGACGUUAGCGGACGCGAUAAUUGACAUUCGCAGGGAGCUAAGUCUCAGCGAUGGUAACCCUCGGCUCGCGAAAGGUCUCGCUGAAUUCUUCGACGAGAUUCUUUCCGAGGAAGAAUCUCAGGAGUUUUUCUUCUUCACGCUGCCCGGAAUGGCCUCGCUCGCACUGCGUCUCCCGAGCCUCGUCUCCCAGCAGGCUCGGAGCGUGGCUCGGGCAGCCCAAGCCGCAGCGCAGUCCGGCAGCAGCGGGGGGAGCGGAAGCGGGGGUAGCGGGAGCGGAAGCGGGAGCGGGGGAAGCGAGAAAUGGCGGAGGGGAACGCAGAUGACGCUGCAGCUGUUGAGGCCGCAGCAGCCGGGGCUUGUGCUUAUAACGCAGGAGCUUGCAGCGGCGCUAUUGGUGGGCGCGUUCUUCUGCGUGUAUCCCACGGCUGGGCGCGCACAGGAGAGAUUGCCAGAGAUCAACUUCGACCGCCUCUAUGGCGGCAUAUACGAGGGCUCCCCACAGCAACAAGAGAAGCUGCGCUGCCUACUGCACUACUUCCGCCGAGUCGUCUCCUCCAUGCCUCAGGGCGCCGUCUCGUACGAGCGCAAGGUGCUGCCCCUCACUGCUGUCACACCCGCCACUGUCACACCCACUGCUGCCGCCCCGCCAGCCCUGCACCCAUUCAACGCCCCUGGCUCGUGGGGGAAGGAAGGGGAGGGAGGAGAGGAGCAGUUGCGGAGUGGGGGGUGCUUUGGGGGGAGCUGGGGGACGCUUCCCCCUCCCCCUGGCGCGGACUUCUGGGGGACAAGGCGGAUUCCGCUCUGCGCCCUGGUGGUGAGUGCGAAGGGCGUUUUGGGGAGGGAGAGGCGUGUUGGGGGGAGAGGGGUGUUGGGGGAGGAGGAGGAUGUUGGAGGGAAGAGUGGUGUUGGGAAGGGGGAAAUGGGUGGAGAGAGGUUUGGGUGCACCAGGACGCAUGGCUGGGAGGGCAGACAGGGGGCAGCUGCGCAGAGCUUCCAGUCAUAUCACACCUGCCGCUUCAUGCACCACUCUUCCCCUCCAACCCUUCUUCACCAUUUCCUCUCUCCCAUUCCUUUCCUCCCUCUCCCCAUGCCCGACCAGGUGCAUGAGCGCGGCACAAUAGAGGACGAUGGCUCGGGCUGUCUGCAAGUGGACUUCGCGAAUUCCUUUCUGGGUGGCGGCACGCUCGGCUCGGGGUGCGUGCAGGAGGAGAUUCGUUUCGUCAUCUGCCCGGAGCUCAUUGUGGGAAUGCUUUUUCUGCCCGCCAUGGAGAACAACGAGACGAUUGAGAUCGUGGGGCCCGAGCGAUUCAGCAAAUACACUGGCUACGCAGCAACCUUCAAGUUCGCCGGGGAUUUCAUUGACACAGCCCCUCGGGAUUCCCUAGGCCGCCGCCAGACGCGGAUAGUGGCCAUGGAUGCCCUCUCCCACGCAGCAGAUCGCCAAUUCCGCAGCUCCUAUCUCCUCAGGGAAACCAACAAGGCCUUCUGCGGCUUCCUAGACCAUGCCUCUGCAAGGGGUUUCGCCGGCGGGUCGAUUCUCGCGAGUAAUGACAGGCGAGGGGAAGGGAGGCAGGGGAGUGGGGAGGGCAGUAAGGAGGGCAGUGGAGAAGGGGAGAACAGGAGUGGUGAGGGGAGUGGAACCGAGAAGCGAAACGGGGGAAUGCAGGCAGGAGGUGAUGAGAGAGGAAAGGGCAGCGGAAGGCGAGACUCCAGUGAGAGUGAGAGAGUGGAGGAGGAGGAAGAGGAGGAUGAAGAGGAGGAGGUGGAGGAUGAGGGGGAGGAGGAUGGGUUUGUCAUGGUGGAGAGGGGUGCAGGGAGGUUGGAGGGAGUGCGGGAGGAGUGGGGGGAAGAGAGAGAGGCGGGGCAAACAGGGGAGGGUGAAGGGGGCACUGCAGGGGCAGGUGAGCGUGUGGUGGGGGGGCAUGGGGAGGGGAGGGAGAUGGAGGUAGAGGGUGAGGCAACCCCAAUGGAGGAGGACUAUAACGAGGACAAGCCAGCAGAGGUGCAGAAGGCUAAUGAGGACACAGAGAUGAAGGAGAAGGAAGUGAGGGAAGAGGGGGAAGAGAGGGGGGAGGCACAUGAGAAGCAUGCCCAAUCUGCGAGCCAGGCGACUGGAGAGUCACCACAGCUGGGAAUGGGCAGCGCUAAUAGGGUGUCUGAGCAGACUCCCUCCCCCUCCCUGCCCUUUGUGCGCACUGAUGUUCUGCUGACAUCAGCAGGAGGGUUGAUGACAUCAGCAGGCGUUGCUGUGCCUGCGGGGGCGGUUUGUUUUCCCUCCAUCUCCCCCCAGGGCACCGGCACUGGGACAGGGGGUACUGGCGCGGGGACUGGGGGAACUGGCGCGGGGACAGGGGGGAGGACGUGGGGUUCAGGGGGAGCUACUGCAGCAGCUAACGCUAAGGCUGCUGCAGCAGGGGGAGCAGAUGCAAGGGCAGGACAGGAGGCUGUGGCAGGGGUGGGAGGGGUUGCACGGGGGACGGGUGCAGAGGACGCAGGUGACGCAGCGGGAGCAGCAGCACUAACCACCGCACUACCGGUAUCGGAUGCAGCACCAGCAGCGGCGGCGGCGGCAGCGGGGGAAGCUGCAGCAGCAGCAGCAGCAGCAGCAGCAGCAGCAGGGGGCAUGAGGCCGGGUCGACUGAGCCUGACGUCCCAGCACAAUCGCAUGGGCAUAGCGACGGGCAACUGGGGGUGUGGCGUGUUUGGGGGCGACCUGGAGGUGAAGAGCAUGCUGCAGUGGAUGGCUGCCUCUGAGGCCGGCCGCCCCUACGUGCUCUACUUCACCUACGCCGACCACCGCGCCGCCCGGCUCAAGGAGGUGUGUGAGUGGCUGCUGAGGGAGGGGUGGAGCGUUCUAAAGCAAGCUGGACUAACCUCAGUGCUUCAGUUACUUCCCCCCACCCCCGCCCAUCCAAACCUGUCAGCAGGUUCUCCCGAGCCUGACGCCAAGCGUGCCCGCCUGUCCACCUCCGGAGGUUCGUCCCGAGCCGUGUCAUCCCCUCCCCGCACCUCCCGUUCCCUGCAUACCGAACUGCAGUACGCGUUUGAAGACCCGUGUCUGGUGCCUGAAGUGGGCGGGGGAACGAAUGGGCCCAGAAUCAACCAGCAGAGUGGUCAUGCGGAGGGUGGUGAGGGCAUGCGGUGUGGUGGUGUGGCGGAUGGCAGGGAGGGAGGGAGAGGAGGGGGAGGAGCGGGUGGAGGGGGAGGAGGAGGAGGGGGAGGAGGUAGAGGGGGAGGGGUGCAUGGGGAAGUGCCAGGUGGGUUUGAUGCUUGUGUGCGGGACGAGGCACAGGGAGCAGGGUGCAGGGAGGAGGGAGAAGAAGCAGGGCAGCGAGACGAGCAGGCACAGGAAGCAGGGCGCAGAGAGCAGCAGGGACACGAAGGCGGGCACAGGGACGUGGUGCAAAGGUGGGAGGAGAGGCGCGACAGGGGAGGGCAGGUAGGGAAGCAGGAGGCAGGGCAGGGUGGGCAGCAGGAGGCAGGGUGGGGUGCCCACGUUCAGGCAUGCCAGGAAGAGGGAGAGGGUGGGGCAGUGGAGGAAGGAGUGGGAGGGCUUGGCGAAGGCGAGAGGGAGGAGAGGCAAGGGGAAGGGCAAGGGGAUGGGAGAGAAGAUGGGCGAUGGGAGUUGAUGGCGCAACAGGGAGAGGUUCCGGUGCUGAAUGGGGAAGCAAGGUGGCACGGGGAUGGGGAUGGUAGGGGCACUGGGGAUGCCAAUAAUGGGGAAGGAGAAAGAAUGCAGGACGAGGAGAAUGAGGAGCAGGAGCAGGAGCGAGAGGAGGAGGAGGAAGAGGAGGUGGAAAGAGGAGCGGCCAGGCACGGGCAGUCGAUGCCUCGUUGGGGAGAGUCCAGCGCUCAGAGCAGCAGACAGCACAGACUGCAGCCACCGCCGCAGCAGCAGCAGCAACAUCAAGCACAGCAGAACCUGCAGCAGCCGCAGCAUCAGAGGGAGUCAGGCAGUGGAGAGGGAGUGGUGCCUGGAAGCUGUGGGGGGGCAUCCCAGCAGCAGUCAACCCAGCAGCAAUCAGUCCAGGAGCAGCCUCGAGAAGGAGAUGAGUCAGCAGCUGCUGCACACGAAAGAGAUGAGGCUCGGGCCGAAGCACGGGGUCAGGUACGGGGAUUGACUGGGGAAGCUGGUGAAUUGGAAGAAAGGGAUGGGAGGGAGGAGAGCGAGGAGAGGGUGGGGGCUGAUGAAAUUGAGGGGGGUUCUUCUGAUCAGCGUUACCUGAGGGAGGUGCCUUCUGGGAGCGGUUGGCAGAACGUCUCGUUUGGAGAUGGACGGUCAAGAUCGGACGAUAUGAGUGAUAGUACCAAUAGGGAAGCGGCUAGUAGCGAAGACAUGAGCAGGUCGCAAGGGAGUGGGAGAGACGGUGGAAGGGCGGGGCGCGGGUUGAGAGGCGGGAAUAGAAGCUGGGGUGGAAGAAGUAGAGGCUCUAGUGAUGGGCAAAGGGUAAUGGGAGAGCAAAUCGACUCUGAUACACCGUCACUUGACAGUUUGGAUGAGGUGUUUCGGGAACGGAUGGGAUGA